AAAUUUUAUAGUAAAUGGCAAAGCAAGAGGGAGAUUCAAAAUUUGAACAGAUGAGGUCACGUCGGCAUAUGCUUUCGAACUUGCCGUCCAAGACACCAGUGAAGAGGGACUCCAACUUGAUUGGAGGGACCAAGCCUGUGAAGGCUAGGCCUAUGAAAAGGCCAAGUGUGAACCCACCAAUCCCUGCAAUGACCCAACAACCACUUAUAACAAAGACAACCCAAAAGCCAAAGAAACUUGAAAUUGAUACCUUCAAGCAAUGCUUUGGUAUAAACAAAGGUAAUGGCGAGACUGAGUAUAUUCCAAAAUAAACCGCCAACUCUUAUGGGAGCGAGACACAAGAACUCCUUCUCUACUGGGAUGACCUUCAACAAUGACAGAUUUGCGCUGGGGAAUAGUAUGCAAAAGUUAGAUGGAAUCCCUAAGAAGAAGGAUAGGGACUACCUCAAUGUCAGAGAUAUCGAAGGAGCCUCUUCUAAGAUCAAGAGUUAUAUUAUCAACAAAAUCCAAGGCAAAAAGUCUGAAGUCGAUAGAUUUAAUAACUCCUCAUCAACUCUUGGUAAUGGAAUGAGGUAUGAGCCUUCAGAGAACGGUAAUGAGCGGACUUUUGAUACCAAGAGAUUUAUGAGGGUAGAUGACAUCCCUGGAGCUAGGCCUAAAGACAACCAUUCCAUCACUGACUUAGAGAAGGACAUGAUCCUUUCGAACGAUCAAAUGGUUGAACACGUCUAUCAAAACUCAAGCUAUUACAAGAAACAACGUGAGAGACAAGGAAGACUCCCUUUCACUAGGAGAAUUAACAAAGGGAUGAACAAGAUUGAUAAAUCAUUAAUAACCACAAUGGAUCCUUACACCGGCGAGAAGCCUGCCAACCCAUACAUGAACUUCCCCAGUUCUGAAAGACCAAACGAGCGACUAAGGAAGAAUCUAGAGAGGCUUGAGGAAGAAAUAGAAGCAGAGAAAAACAACCUCACUGGCCUUAGAUCUAAAAGAAUCAAUGCAAAUUCUCACAAACUUGGUCUGAACAAAGAGCAAGAAGCACAGUUAAGAAAUCUCAAGCAAGUACAGGAAAAGAAUCACGAGAAAUAUUCUAGAGAUAAGCGCGAGAAGUUGAAUAAUUCAAUAAAUCGCACUAUUGAGUAUGCACAAGAUUCAGGAAAUAUGAAUGCAUAUCAGCCUAAAAUCUCAAGUACUCCUCAGAAAAUUCAGAGUAAAAGGGAGACCAGGCUUCGAGAGUUCCAGAUUAGGUCCCAAAGAAAGCAAGGGAAUGCUGAGAAGUUACUCGGAAUCAACACUACUACUAAAUUUAAUGAUUUUUCCCCUCAAAGAGAAGGAAAUCGGGCUAUAAACUUGAUGAAUUUAUCUAAUCAACUGGAUAACAGAAAUGUUCAGAAACAUGUUGGCGCAAAACUUGAGCUGGGUAAUGAGCCUGGCCAUACUACUUAUAAUGCAAACUUUUUCAGACAAAAGUCUACUGAACCUGGACACUUUUACCCAAAUAAGCAUACUUUAAUAAAGCCACAAGACCCUAAACUAGGAACACAGAAAGAGUUUGUUAGAGGUACUUUCAUAGGUGGGAGCAGCAAUGAUUUCAAUCUGAACAAGGUCAAGAUAAACCCGAUCACAGGGGUGCUAUCCCCUCUGAAUAAGGGCUCUGUUCUCUAAGCCGUUAAAUGCCACUAAUAAA